AUGUGCUCCUCUUGGCUCAAAGCUCUAAUCAUUUGUAUUGUCUGCUUAGUACUAAUAUGUACAGCCGAAGAUGCUCCUGAAAAACGGCCGGCUUUAUUAUCAAGAUAUGGACGUGCUGUUCUGCCUCGAUACGGUAAGCGCUCUGGCAUGCCUUUAUAUUUGGAGGAAGUAGAUGACAACGAUAACGUACAUCUUCUUGAUAGUUUGGAAAAGUGGAGGAAUUACUUGUAUUCCAUGCAAGCCUAA